UACAUUUAAUACUAAAACGAAACAAGCGUACCAGAAAGCAAAAAGAUUUUGCAAUCCGCAGAAAAUACAUAUAAAUAAAUAGUUUAUUUAUGCGGAUGGGCAGCAAAGUUUAGAGCUAAGAUGGGAUACGAUGUAAAUCGCUUUCAGGGGGAGGUGGAUGAGGAGCUUACCUGUCCCAUCUGCUCCGGAGUGUUAGAGGAUCCGCUGCAGGCCGUGAUGUGUGAGCACGCCUUCUGUCGUGGAUGCAUUAAUGAGUGGCUAACCCGCCAGCCCACAUGUCCGGUGGAUCGCAAUGCCCUGACGACCGCCAAUUUGCGAGCAGUGCCUCGUAUAUUGCGCAACCUACUGUCCAGACUGUCAAUUACCUGUGACAAUGCACCUUAUGGCUGCACGGCUGUCCUAAAACUAGAUGCUUACAAUUCCCAUCUGGAAGAGUGCAUCCACAAUCCGAAGCGACCAUUUCCGUGCGAGAAGGGCUGUGGCUUCGACAUACCCAAGGAUGAACUAAAGGAUCACAACUGCGUCCGGGAGCUACGCACUCUGAUCGUUAAGCAGACUGAAAAGAUGGGAGAGCUUAAGUCGGAGCUAACCGACCAGCAGCUGACCAUCAACGAACUGAAACGAGAACUGCAGUUAUUUAAGGACUUUAUGCGUGCCAUGCGUGUCUCUAAUCCUGCGAUGCGGGCUAUAGCCGACCAGAUGGAGCGCGACGAGGUGAUCCGCUGGAGCAGCACCCUGCCCCGGGCCAGAGUCACGCGCUGGGGGGGAAUGAUCUCUACGCCCGACGAUGCACUGCAGCUCAUGAUUAAGCGCGCUUUGUCCGAGUCGGGUUGUCCGCCACAUAUCCUGGAUAGUCUCAUGGAAUUCUGCCACGAGCGUCGUUGGCCACGGGGGCUCAGUUCGCUGGAGACGCGACAAACCAACCGUAGAAUUUACGAUAACUAUAUGUGUCGGCGCAUUCCAGGCAAGCAAGCUGUGCUCGUUUUGAGCUGUGACAACCUCCACAUGACUGAGGACGUCAUGAUCGAUCCCGGCCUGGUCAUGAUCUUCGCCCAUGGCAUCGAGUAAAGCACCUAAUCAGCGGUGCUUAACCACUUAUCCUAGGUUAACUGCUAACUAUAUCGAACAGUGCUCAGUUUUGUUGAUUCCUUAACUUAAGUGUAAGAAUUAAAAGCAAUAGUAUAGGUAAAACGCAAAAAACGUACCAUUCAAGCGCCUCAUGACGACUAUCAAGUUGUACAAAAAUUAUACAUUUAUUUCGGAUCAUUGUUUUUUUCCAUUUUAGUUCGUAAAAAUUUCGCAUAUUCCAUUAAAAUCGCAUACCCAAUAUUACGUGUUUGAUUAAGCGAUCUCAACGAAUCUCCCUUUUGUUAUCGUUCACUUCAUCUUCAUUUUGAUGGAAAGAAGCUGUGAGUGUCUUAAUUCGUGUUUCAAUUCUUAUUACGCAACUUACUUAAAAUUCUAAAUAUAUGUCAGUACUUUUAGAAUAAAUGUGUAACAAGUAAUAAAAAAUUGAUUUCAAUUACGUA